GACAAACACUCCUUCUUAAGCAAACCAGAGGUAUCGCUAGUCUUGAGCCUAUAGUUAUUAAUUGAAAGCGAUGUCUGGAUUGCUGCCUUCUUUGCCUUCAUCCUUUCCUCUAGUUCAGAGCGAAGCUUUGGGCAUGCCCAGGGUUCAUGCGCCUAAGCCCGUGGAGGGCGAUGCUACUGAACCUGCUACGGGUCCAUCGCCUGUUCUGUUCUCUGUGAACGGUGAAAGCAAAAAAUUCAAGUUGAUGGCUUUAGAGCUUGAGGACCACAGUGUCGUUCAAGGUUACUCAUUCGGUGCUGACAAGUCGGUUUCUGGUGAAUUGGUGUUCCAAACGGGUAUGGUAGGAUAUCCGGAGUCAUUGACGGAUCCUUCGUACCGUGGUCAGAUUUUGGUUUUUACGUUCCCCAACAUUGGUAACUACGGUGUUCCUGACCGCGGUAUUGAAGAUGUCAUCAAAGGAAUUCCUAAAUACUUUGAAUCUAAUGAAAUUCAUGCCUCUGCUAUAAUUAUCUCCUCUUACUCUCAAAAUUAUUCUCACUUUCUAGCUCACUCUUCCUUGGGUGAUUGGCUCAAAGAACAAGGAAUUCCUGGUAUUUUUGGUAUUGAUACUCGUGCUCUAACAAAAAAAAUUCGCGAGCAAGGCUCCAUGCUUGGUCGCCUGCUCCUUCAAAAAGGCGACAAAUCUAUUGAACCUUCUGUGAUAACUGGUCUUGGUCGCAGCUGGAAAAAUCAAUUUGAAGACAUUCCUUGGAAAAAUCCCAAUGCUGAAAACUUAACCGCUGAAGUUUCUAUUAAGCAACCGAAGCUAUUUGAACCCCAUUCCACUAAUGCUGUCAAAAAGGCUGAUGGUAAAACUGUGCGAAUUCUUGUUGUUGACGUUGGUAUGAAGUACAAUCAAAUUCGCUGCUUCGUAACCCGUGGUGUUGAAUUAUUGAUUGUACCUUGGGACUAUGAUUUUUCAAAAGAGAUUUAUGAUGGUUUAUUUAUUAGUAACGGUCCCGGUGACCCUUCUCUUAUGGAUGUAGUCGUAGAUCGCGUCCGUCGUGUUAUUGAAUCUAAGACCGUCCCUGUUUUUGGUAUUUGUUUUGGUCAUCAAAUCCUCGCUCGUGCCGCUGGUGCUUCAACCGUAAAAAUGAAGUUUGGUAACCGUGGUCAUAAUAUUCCUUGUACUUGUUUAAUUUCUGGAAGAUGCUAUAUUACUUCCCAAAACCACGGAUAUGCCGUUAAUGGAGAUUCUCUUCCUUCCGGUUGGAAAGAACUUUAUGUUAAUGCUAACGACGGUUCCAACGAAGGUAUCUAUAACACCGAGUAUCCUUUCUUUUCCGUUCAAUUCCAUCCCGAGUCAGUUCCCGGUCCCCGUGAUACUGAAUUUUUGUUUGAUGUGUUCAUUGAUACUGUUAAGCGUUCUGCUGACUCAGGUAAACUCCAAAUGUUUAAGCUUCCAGGUGGUACUGUUGAGGAAAAUAAAGCCGAGCAUCCCCGCAUUCAUGCCAAGCGUGUCUUGGUACUUGGCAGUGGAGGCUUAAGUAUCGGACAAGCUGGUGAGUUCGAUUAUUCUGGCAGCCAGGCUAUAAAGGCCCUUCGUGAGGAAGGCAUUUACACCAUUUUGAUUAAUCCUAAUAUUGCUACUAUCCAGACUUCUAAAGGUCUAGCUGACAAGGUCUAUUUCCUUCCUGUUGAUGCUAAGUUCGUUCGUAAGGUUAUUAAACAGGAGCGCCCUGAUGGUAUUUAUGUCACCUUUGGUGGUCAAACUGCAUUGAACGUUGGUAUUGAAUUGAAGGAUGAAUUUGAAUCUCUAGGUGUAAAGGUUCUUGGUACUCCUGUUGACACUAUUAUUACUACAGAGGACCGCGAAAAGUUCGCCCGUGCUAUGGACGAAAUUGACGAAAAGUGUGCCAAGUCAGCUAGUGCGUCUUCUCUAGAAGAGGCUCUCAAAGUUUCGAAGGAGAUUUCUUUCCCCGUAAUUGUUCGUGCUGCUUACGCUCUUGGUGGAUUAGGAUCUGGCUUUGCUGACAACGAAGAAGAGCUUACUGAUUUAUGUAAUCGUGCUUUCGCAACCAGUCCUCAAGUCCUUAUCGAGCGUAGUAUGAAAGGAUGGAAGGAAAUUGAGUACGAAGUUGUACGUGAUGCCUUCGAUAACUGCAUUACGGUAUGUAAUAUGGAAAAUUUUGAUCCUCUUGGUAUCCAUACAGGAGAUUCUAUCGUUGUUGCUCCUUCUCAAACCUUAACUGACGAGGAUUAUAAUAUGCUUCGUACUACUGCUGUGAAUGUUAUUCGUCAUCUCGGCGUCGUUGGUGAGUGUAAUAUUCAAUACGCUCUCAAUCCUUUCACUAAGGAAUAUUGCAUUAUUGAGGUUAACGCUCGUCUUUCUCGCUCUUCUGCUCUUGCUUCAAAGGCCACGGGUUACCCGUUAGCUUUCACAGCAGCUAAACUCGGCUUAAACAUUCCGCUUAAUGAAAUUAGAAACUCUGUAACUAAAGUUACAUGUGCAUGCUUUGAACCUAGUCUCGAUUAUGUCGUUGUUAAAAUUCCACGCUGGGAUUUGAAGAAGUUUACUCGUGUUAGCACGCAAUUGAGCUCUUCUAUGAAAUCCGUUGGUGAAGUUAUGAGUAUUGGUCGUACCUUCGAAGAAGCAAUUCAGAAGGCCAUUCGCGCUAUUGAUUAUAGCAACGGUGGAUUUAACGUUAAGGAUGCUUUAAUGUCCAUUGAUCAAGAAUUACAAACUCCUUCGGAUCAACGUCUUUUUGCUAUUGCAAAUGCCAUGGCUUCCGGCUACACAGUUGAACGAAUCUGGAAAUUAACUAAUAUUGACCGAUGGUUCUUGGAGAAGCUUAUGGGCUUAAUUCGCAUGGCUAAAGUAAUCUCUAAGUACGAUAUUUCUACUUUGCCUAUGUCGCUUUUGAGAUUAGCUAAGCAAUUAGGCUUUGCAGAUGUUCAAGUUGCCUCUUUUAUGAAUUCCAAUGAACUUGCCGUUAGACGUAUCCGUACGGAGGCUGGUAUCAGACCAUUUGUAAAGCAAAUUGAUACCGUAGCUGCGGAAUUUCCUGCAUUCACAAACUAUCUUUACACAACUUAUAAUGCAUCUGAACAUGACAUUCAUUUUGAAGACAAAGGUGUUAUGGUUUUAGGCUCUGGUGUCUAUCGUAUUGGAUCUUCCGUCGAGUUCGAUUGGUGUGCUGUUCGCACAGUCCGUACUCUUCGUGAUCGAGGCAUAAAGGCAAUUAUGGUUAACUAUAACCCUGAAACGGUAUCUACCGAUUAUGAUGAAGCUGAUCGAUUAUAUUUUGAAAACAUUAGCCUUGAAACUGUGCUCGAUAUUUACCAACAAGAAUCUUCUUCUGGUGUCAUUAUUUCUAUGGGUGGUCAAACUUCUAAUAACAUUGCACUCCCCCUUUACAGAGAGAAUGUUAAAAUUCUCGGUACAUCACCCGAAAUGAUUGAUGGUGCCGAAAAUCGCUUUAAAUUCUCCCGUAUGCUUGACGACAUUGGAGUUGAUCAGCCGAAAUGGAAGGAGUUGACCAGUUUCCAGGAGGCGGAAGUAUUUUGCGAAGCAGUUUCCUAUCCAGUGCUUGUUCGUCCUUCAUACGUUUUGUCUGGUGCAGCCAUGAACACCGUGUAUUCGAAGACGGAUCUUCAAAAUUACUUGAAGCAGGCUGUUGCUAUUAACAAGGAUCAUCCUGUUGUCAUCUCUAAGUAUAUUGAAAAUGCCAAAGAGAUUGAGUUGGAUGCUGUUGCUCGUGAUGGUAAAAUGGUUAUGCACGUUAUUUCCGAGCACGUUGAAAAUGCUGGCGUUCAUUCUGGUGAUGCUACUCUUGUUCUUCCUCCUCAAGAUUUAGACCCAGCUACUAUUUCUAGAAUUGUGGAUGCAGCUGCUAAAAUUGGAGAAGCCUUAAACAUUACUGGUCCUUACAAUAUUCAAUUUAUUGCGAAGGAUAAUGAAAUUAAAGUUAUUGAAUGUAACGUUCGGGCCUCCAGAUCCUUCCCUUUUGUUUCAAAGGUUAUGGGUGCAGAUUUGAUUUCCAUGGCAACUGAUGUUAUUAUGGGUUUCCCUAUCAAACCUUAUCCUGAGAUUAAUCUUCCUCGAAACUACGUUGCUGUGAAGGUUCCCCAGUUUAGUUUUAGCAGAUUAUCCGGUGCUGAUCCUGUUCUCGGCGUUGAGAUGGCAUCAACUGGUGAAGUAGCUUGCUUUGGUCGCAACAAAUUUGAAGCUUACCUUAAGGCCAUGAUAUCCACUGGAUUUAGGUUACCUAAACAGAACGUUCUUAUUUCUAUAGGUUCUUACAAAGAAAAGGGUGAAUUGUUACCGUACGUUAGGAAGCUGUACGAUAGUGGAUACAAUAUUUUUGCGACUGCUGGUACAUCUGAUUAUUUUAUGGAAAGUGGCGUUCCUUGCAAGUACCUUGCUGACAUCCCUGCUGAAGAAGCUAAUAAUGAAUUCUCGCUCUCAGCACAUCUUGCAAACAAUAUGAUUGAUAUGUAUAUUAACUUGCCCUCUAACAAUCGUUACCGUCGCCCUGCAAAUUACAUCAGCAAUGGCUACAAGAGUCGUCGACUAGCUAUUGAUUACUCUGUUCCAUUGGUUACUAAUGUUAAAUGUGCUAAGCUGAUGAUUGAAGCAAUCUGUAGAAAGCCCGAUUUCAGUCUUAGCUCUGUUGACUACCAAAGCAGCUUUCAAACUGAGAAUCUCCCUGGUCUUAUCAACAUUGCUGCGUACCUUCCUGAAUUUAGCUCUGAAGCAAUUAGUGAUUACACGGAAGAAUGUAUAGCAGCUGGUUUCACUAUGGCGCGCUUUUUACCCUUUAGCAAAAAGGGAGUCCUUGCAGACAAAGAUUCUUUAGCUAGCGCUAAGAAGUCUGCUUUAGAUAAAGCACAUUGUGACUACAAUUUCUCAGUUAUGGCCUCUUCCGUAAAUGAGGAAACUAUUGCUGAUCUGAACACUGAAUCUGGUUGUCUUUAUCUUCAUUUCGAAAACAACUCUUCUGGUAUCAAUCACGUUACUGAAAUCGCUUCUCAUUUCAGUUUGUGGCCUCAGACCCAAGCCGUUGUUACUGAUGCUAAAUCCACUACACUUGCUUCCGUCUUGUUACUUGCUAGUCUUCACAAUCGUAGAAUUCACAUUGCCAGUGUUACUUCGAAAGAUGACAUCAAUCUUAUCGUUUUGGCUAAACAAAAGAGUCUUCCAGUUACAUUUGAUGUAUCUAUUUACAGUUUGUUCUUUACUCAAAAUGAUUACCCUGGUGCUAGAUUCUUACCUACUCUAGAAGAUCAAAAGGAAUUAUGGAGCAAGCUUGAGUAUAUUGAUUGCUUUUCUAUCGGUAGUAUUCCCGUUCGUUUAGCCGAAUUUACUGGUCAUAAGGUUUCCACCGGUUAUGGUGUUCGUGAGGCUGUCCCUCUUUUGCUAUCUGCUGUUCAUGAGGGUCGCUUAAGUUUGAAUGAUGUGGUUGAUCGUUUGUAUACUAACCCUAAGAUAAUUUUCCGUCUUCAUGAUCAAGAUGACUCUGGACUACAAAUUGAAAUAGAUCGUGUUAUUCCUAGUGGAACAGGUGAAUGGUCUCCUUUAGCCGGAAAGAAGCUUUUUGGUAGCGUUCAGUCUGUCAAGUUUGAUUGUCAUGAUGUCUACUUUGAUGGUGAACUUAAUUUCAAGUCUACCUAUGGCCGUGACUAUUCAUCUGUAAGUACUGCUGAAAACACAGUUGCUACUAGAAAAACCAGUGCUUUAAUGAGCCCCGGUCUUCCUCAUGCUGCUCCUUCUCUUGCCGAAGCUUUUGGUCAAGCACCAGAGAACAGAGCUCGACCUGAAUUAACUUUUAACUUUACCCCAAGCUUCAACCCUUCUCGUGAGUUAGUUAAUUUGAUUAACAGCUCACCUUUCUAUCGUAAACAUAUCAUUUCUGUACACCAGGUUACACGCUCGGAUUUGCAUCUUUUGUUUGCAAUUGCCCAUCAAAUGCGUAUCAUAGUCGAAAGACAAGGUGUGAUCGACCUUUGCUAUGGGAAGAUCUUAUGUACAAUGUUUUUCGAAUCCUCUACUCGAACUUCGUCUUCCUUCGAUGCUGCUAUGCAACGUUUGGGUGGUAAGGUUGUUGCCGUCACCGCAAGCGCAUCUAGUGUGAACAAAGGUGAAAGUCUUGCUGAUACUAUUCGCACUCUUGGCUGCUAUGGUGAUGCUGUUGUUUUACGUCAUCCUUCUGUUGAAAGUGCUCGUAUUGCUGCUACAUUCUCCCCUGUCCCCAUUAUUAACGGUGGUAAUGGCUCCAAGGAGCAUCCUACCCAAGCAUUCUUGGAUUUGUAUACUAUCCGAGAAGAACUCGGUAGUGUCAAUGGAUUAAGUAUCACCUUUGUCGGAGACUUAAAGUAUGGCCGUACAGUUCACUCUUUGGCUCGUCUUCUUGCUUUCUGGCAAGUGGAACUUCACCUAGUUUCACCUGAACAGCUUCAGUUGCCCGAUGAUGUUAAGGAAGAUCUUCGUGCUAGCGGGUUGAACUUUGUUGAGCAUCGCGAGCUUAGUAAAGAUGUUGUUGCUCAAUCGGAUGUCCUUUAUUGUACACGUGUUCAAAAGGAACGCUUCUCAAGCGUUGAGGAGUAUGAAGAAUUGAAGGAUUCUUUCAUCGUUGACAACAGUCUUCUAACCGCCGCUAAACCUCACACUAUUGUUAUGCAUCCUUUGCCUAGAAACCGUGAAAUCAGUGAAGAAGUUGAUUUUGAUCAAAAGCGCGCUGCUUACUUCCGUCAAAUGCGUUACGGUUUGUACAUUCGUAUGGCUUUGUUAGCAUGUGUUAUGGGUGCUAGUGAAUCUCACAACUAAGUUGGGUUUGUCAUGAUAAAAUCUUGAAUUAUUGGAAAAUAUUUUUUUGGUGUUGCUUUUUGCUUAAGAAAAUUGGUUACAUUAGGAUGUUAAGAGUUGAAAUAAAUGCUAACAACAUGCAAAUAUAAUUAAUAGAAGGAAUAUGGAUCCAUUUUGUAAUAAAUUAUUUUGUCCCAUAAAUAUGUUAAUUCAUUUUAAUUUCCUUAAUGUUAUUUGGUUCCAUGCUUUAGAUAGUUUAUAUAGGUUUAUUUAUUUUUAGUUAAUAAAAUCUGGAUCCCU